AUGGUGAUUGGGAUGCCAGCGCUGUCCCCUACAAUGAAUCAAGGUAACAUCACAAAAUGGAGAAAACAGGAAGGCGAUAAGAUAGAGGUUGGUGAUGUGAUCUGUGAGAUAGAAACUGACAAAGCCACGCUUGAAUUUGAAACUCUUGAAGAGGGGUAUCUGGCCAAGAUUUUAGUACCUGAAGGUUCAAAGGAUGUUCAGGUUGGACAACCCAUUUAUGUCACGGUCGAAGAAUCCGAUGAUAUUGAAAAGAUACCUGCUGAUACCUCCUUUGGAGGUGACCAUAAGGAGGAUGAGUCAAGUGGAAGUGCAGCACAAACUGUCGAAGUUGAUGCAGCUGAACAAAGCCCAGUAAUGAGCCGCAUCAGCCCUGCAGCUAAGAUGCUGAUCAAAGAACAUGGUCUUAAUGCCUCUUUGCUGAAGGCAUCAGGUCCCCGUGGCACCCUUCUGAAAGGUGAUGUUUUGGCUGCGUUGAAGUCAGGCACUGCUUUAAGUUCAGCCAAAGAAAAGACAGCUCCAGCUGCACCUUCGCCCCAACCAGCUCGUGAUUCCCAAGUUCACUCUCAGACAACUUCACCAAAGAGCGACACAUUUGAAGAUAUAACGAAUACUCAGAUACGCAAGGUGAUUGCAAAAAGGUUGCUUGAAUCCAAACAGACUACUCCACAUUUGUACCUAUCCAAAGAUGUUAUACUGGAUCCCUUACUCGCAUUCAGGAAUGAACUCAAAGAUCAACACGGUGUUAAAGUUUCAGUAAAUGAUAUUGUCAUAAAAGCUGUGGCACUUGCCUUAAGGAACGUCCCUGAAGCAAAUGCUUACUGGGACAAUUCGAAGGAAGAAGCCCAGAAGUGUGAUUCAGUGGAUAUAUCUAUUGCUGUUGCUACAGAGAAGGGCCUGAUGACUCCUAUAAUAAGAAACGCGGAUCAAAAGACUAUAUCAGCAAUAUCUUCAGAGGCUGGCAUUCUCGCUGUUGGUCGGGGUAACAAGGUUGUGGUGCCUGUGAUGGACAAUGACGGAACAGAGAAGGCUGCUGUAGUAACAAAGAUGAUGCUGACACUGUCUGCUGAUCAUCGUAUAUUUGAUGGGCAAGUAGGAGGUAUUGAUCGUCUUAGCCCUGUAAUUUCACCUGUCUGCUCUCGUGUCAUUUACAUUCUUCCUUGUAUGUCACAUUGUGGAACAGGCAAGUUUUUCACGGAGCUGGCAUUGAACUUCAGCGACAUCAGGAGGCUGCUUUUGUAA